AUGGCGCCCGGCGUAGUCAUCGAAAACACGCCCGACUUCGACACCAUGGACUUUGAAGCCCCCGCGCCCGCCGUCCAGAAACAUGCAAAUGGCAACACGCCUCGCACUCUCCUCCUCGCCCCUCCUUCGGUAGCCUCGCACCCUGACGCGCUCACCAAAGUGACUGAGGUCUACGAUCGAAGUGCUACCGAUAUGCAGAUGCUGGAUCGCCUCGCACUCGGCCUCGUCGCCCUCCCCGCGGCCACCUACGAUGUAGUCCUCAUUCUCUCGGACGUCGAUCAGACACUACAGCAAAGCUCGCGGAUACUAGAUCGCAAUGUCAUGGAGAGGAUAGUGCAGUCCAUGAAGCCUGCCGGAAGGCUCAAGUCGCAGGAUGGGACUUUCGGCACGACACAGAACGCAGAGCAGACGGAGGCGAUUCUGGCGGGGUUGGUGAGCGGGGAUGGAGACGGCAUGGUGAAGCCUGCGGAGGAAGCGACGCAGACGGUGAAGCUGAGCUUUGGGAAGAAGAAGAAGGCGAAUGCUGCUGCGGUGCCUGCGAAUGCUUUUGAAGCGGCCAACACGGCGAAGAGAAAGAGCGAGGAUAUCUCGAGUGGAGUCGGAUUGGCUACGAAUGGUGGCAGUGGAGUGGUGAAGGCGACUCCAGCGGGAGUGGGUUUCAUUGACAGUACUGACGAUCUGGACAUGGGGUACGAUGACGAGGAUGAAGAUGAGUUUCCGAGCGAUGAGGCUCUCCAGAAUGCGGAGAGGAUUGACCCGGAUACGCUGUUGACGGAGGAGGAUAGGCAGAAGCCGACCAAUAUACGUGAGUGUUGAAUUCCGAGAUCCCCGCGACUCGUGCUGACAUGUGACACAGCUGAGGCAUGCAAGCCAAAUGCGAAGAGACGGCGGGCCUGCAAGGACUGCACAUGCGGUCUCGCACAGCGAAUCGAGGCUGAAGAUCAAGCCAAGCGGACGGAAGCGGACCAGAAUCUGGCGAAGCUGAACGCCAACGACUUGACCGAAGUCGACUUCACCGUGCAGGGCAAGGUUGGCUCAUGCGGGAACUGCGCACUUGGAGACGCAUUCCGCUGUGAUGGCUGUCCAUACAUCGGUCUUCCGGCAUUCAAGCCCGGUGAAGAAGUCAGGCUGGUCAACAAUGACAUUCAGCUGUGA